UUUUCAAAUACCCCUUUUUCUUUUCCAAAUAGCUAUUUCUCCUAACCUGCAAGAUGAGAGAAUUUAACCUGCAAGUUGAGAGAAUUUAAAUUUAAGAUACCAAAACCAAUUAGUCUUUAUCAGUUGAGUUGUCUCUAUCGAACUAAAAAAUCUAUCAACAUAAAUGUAGCUAGUAAAUGAUUAGAUCAUCUCUACUCAGGUUCAUAAAUAUAGCUAGCUAAUGGUUAAAGCAUCUUUACGCCCGAGAGAGAAAAAAAUCUACCCUAAGAUAAUAUUUUACUAUUGACCAAACUACUCCAAUAAUCAAGUGAAAGAGUGAAGGGUUGGUUCACUUCCUCUAAGAAAGAGAAUCAAAGCCCAGCCAGCCUAUUAACUCAUUCUACCAAUGGGCUCUCCUUGUCAAGAUGGCAAAUUGGCAACUAAUUGGGAUGGGCCUUGUGGCUUAUCUAACCCAACCAGAUUCCUCAUCUUCCCCAGCCAUGUGGCUCCAUUCUAUCCAAUCUUCCUAGGUCAAUUUCUUGAUACCGGCCAAGAAGAUUGUUAAAAUCCUCACUUUACAAUACUCUUAGUCCUCUUCUAUUCUGAACUUUAGUUCCGUUGAUGCUGCAAUUGAAAUUUUAACCCUAUCAAAAAGCAGCUUUCCUACAAGAUUCAGGAAAUAUCUACUUUUGUGUAAUCAAAUGGAGUCUUCAUGGAAAGGAAAUAAAAAUAAAAAAUAAAAAAGAAGGAAGAAUAUUUGUCCAAAUAUGGAUAUUUAUGCAAGAAUAUAGCCUCAUUUGAUUACUUGAGCUUCCACGAGACGUGAAUAAAUUUCUAGCAAAGUAGAAAUAUAACAUUCUUAAUUAACACGAAUGGUGUGACUGAAGGACUAAAUUUGAAUCCAUCCCUUCUCUAGUUUUCUAAUCUGAUAGACAUUUCCAUAUUCAACUACUAGUUGAAAUAACCCAAUUGUAGAGCCCUCCCAUGACUAGCCUAGCCACCAAAUUCUCUCCUCUUAUCUCCAAUCAUUUGCAUGAUAAGUUGUCUUUGAUCACCAGCUGCCAUUUGCAAGAGGAUUUGACUGCUAACUCAUAUGCUUCUACUCCUUUACAGAAGCCAGCCAAGCAACCUCAUUUGGGCUCCACCCCCAGUCCCUCUCAAUCCUGCAAAGAUUUACAGUCUUGACCAUUUCGCCACCAAAAUUUACCCAUUUACAAGAACUCAGAAUCUCAACAAUAUCUCCUGAAGUCUAAUUAUCCAAGAACUUCCAGAAGCUUGACAGCUAUUUCAAGGUCAACUUUACAUGAUCUUUGAUGAAUCUUUUUCUCACUUGAAACAGCCUAAAAGUUCUUGAAAACGUGAGAAACAAUUAAAAAAAAGAAGGAAGGAGAAAAGACUGCCAUUGUUAAACAAAAUCAUGUCCACGGGGGAGGGCCAGGUUUUGUUUAAUGGGUGCCAAUUCCCAACGCCAAUGUACUUUCAACUUUCAAAGUGUCAAUCAUGGGUAAACGUGAGUUGGCGGUGGUGGCGGUGGAGCUACGGGGGAUGUAAAUGAGGAGAUGACAUGCCACUUAUCGUUAUACCGCAACCAGAUAAAAACAAAAUGCUAGUUCCAUUAAAUAUGGAGACCGAAGGAUACACCAAUUUAAUAUUACUUUUUAGCCGGCAAAAGAUGUGACUACAUAACCCACGCCAUUGAUUAAUCCUUGGUCUGCCUUCACAUGCUCAAUGUGUACACCCAAAUCCCAAAAAAGUUCUCCCUUCCUAUAUAAAUUUGUGAUGGGAAAUGGCGGAUUUCAUCUAUAACUUUACCCAUUGGACCUUUCCACAACAUAAAACAACAGAAAUAGCCAUGGUUGCAUUUUCUCAAACACCUUGGAGUCGUUACAGAGUGAGAUGCAUAAGCUUACCUGCUCGGUCGCAUCCAUCCACGAUUCGGGUUGAGCAACAGCUAGCCAAGCUUAAAUCCUCGGAUGCUUCGUCUUUGUCAAGCUUUGAAGCGAUUUGCAGCGGUCUCUCCGGCCUGGUGGAGCUCUACAGAUUCAUAAACGAGGUUCUGAACCUGCCGCUGGCCCAGCAAGCCCUAGCCUCGCACCGCCGCGAAAUUUGGGUGCAGGAAUUGGUGGAUGGCUCCGUUAGGUUAUUGGAUAUCUGCGACAACACGAGAGACGCCGUAUUAGUGAUGAAAGAGAGCAUUCGAGAGCUCCAAUCCGCGAUCCGGCGAAGCAAAUACGAAGAUUCCGGCGUCGAGAACACCAUCGCUGCAUAUAACUGCUCCAGAAAGAGGAUCAAACACGAAAGCUUGAAGAAAUCGUUCGCAUCGCUCAGAGAAAUGGAUAUUAACACCGCCGGUGCGUUUCCUCCUCUUCAAUUAGAAAACGAGGUCACGGCGGCGGUGAUCAGAGUGCUCAGGGAAGCGAGCUCCGUCACCACCUCCAUCUUCAACUCUCUGUUAUCCUUCCUGGCCGUGCCGGUCCACUGGAGACCGAAACCGAGCCGAUGGACAUUGGUGUCAAGACUCGUCCACAAGGGAGCGAUUACCCGCAACAAUCAAACGGACAGAAUGAACGAGCUGGAGAAUUUGGAUGCGGCGCUCGACGGCCUACAGCUCAGAUCGUCGAGCACAGAUGCAGAAGCGAAGGAGAAGAUCCAAUCCGUUGUUCGGGAGAGAUUGAUGGGGUUGGAUUCGAGCAUUGAAAGAGUCGAACGUGGAACAGAGGGAUUGUUCCGGGAACUGAUUCACACCAGAGUUUCCCUCCUGAAUAUAAUUUCUCGGUGAAUUUGAUCGCAUUGAGAUUUCCCAAUGAAAUCCGGCGAUGCUAAAUUGAUGGAUUUCUGAGUAAAUUGAUCCACUCCCAUGAAAUCCGUUGAUGUUAUAAUCGGCUCUGUAUAUUCUUGAACUCUGUUCUUGGCUUUUCAUAUGAUUAUAUUAUUAUAUAAUGUUUGUCUAUCUAUGAUUUAGAAUCACUUCCUUUAAAAUCCAAAAUGGAUUUAAAAGUGCUUUUCAAAACUCAACCUUCCAUUUCUCUUUGCUAAUUUCUCAAUCUCUUUUUGCUUAUCAUCUCUCUGCAUUUCCUUACUGAUUUUUUAUUCAUUCAAAUACCACUCUUAAAUAGAAUAAAAAAAAAAUUAUACCUUAAAGAAAUCUAAAUGCUUUAAAAUACUGUCAGUGCAUCAGCCACAAAUUACAUUUUUUUCGGUCAAAGAUUGAAUUUCUCAUCUUAUAUUCUUUAUAUUUUGAAAGAAAAAUUUUGUUGGAGGGAGGCAGAUUUAUUUGACAUUAUUAUAGG